AUGCAAAGGGAUGCUGUUAAUAAUCUUCAUUUAGAGAUUGUUAGUGAUUUACAACAUAUGUUGGAUGAAGAAAAUGCGUUAGUAAAGUCUUUUCGUAUGGUCAAAGAAAAGAUUGGACAUGAAAAUCAACCCAAUGUAAGUUUGAGGUUGCUUGGUAAGAGAGGUAGGGAUGGAAGAACUCAUAACCUACCUUCUGUUUAUGAGGUUGCUAUGCUUGUCGUUGGGGAUUUUGAUGAAGCUUUGGGUGACAGAGAUAUUGUUGUUGUACAGAAGUCAGGGCAAUUGCAACGCAUUAGUGAACUGCAUCCUUCUUAUCUUCCACUUCAGUAUCCACUUUUGUUUCCUUAUGGGGAGGAUGGUUAUAGAGAAGAUAUUGGAUUUUCCCGAAAUUCUUCUUCUUCUUCGACCCAUAGAAAAAAAAUUAGUCCUAAAGAAUUUUUUGCGUUUCGCUUGCAUGAAAGAAAUUCUGAGUUUUCUAUUCUUUUAUUUGGAAGGCGAUUGUUUCAACAGUUUGUUGUUGAUGCCUAUACAAUGAUUGAAACUGGUCGUCUUACUUAUGUACGAACCCAUCAGAAAAGGUUGCGGGCUGAAUUAUAUAGUGGUUUGGCGGAAGCUGUUCUUCGUAGUGAGACAGAUGGUUCAAGGCAUGGGAAACGAAUUAUCUUGCCUUCCAGUUUUGUUGGUGGAACUCGAUAUAUGAAACGUGGAUUGCCUCAUGCCCAUAUUUUGCUGUUUUUAAGCAAUGAGGACAAACAGCCUAAGCCUCAACGCAUUGAUGAGAUCAUUUCAGCUGAACUUCCCGACCAAGUAACUGAUCCUCACUAUCAUGAGUAUGUUAAAGAAUUCAUGAUGCAUGGGCCGUGUGGUGUUGCUCGAAAAUCAUCUCCUUGCAUGCUCAAUGGACGUUGUUCCAAAUAUUUUCCCAAGAAAUAUCUCGCGGCCACAAACAUUGAUGAUGAUGGCUAUCCUGUUUACAGAUGUAGAGAUAAUGGUCGUGUUGUCAUGAAGGAUGGUGUGCCCUUAGAUAAUAGAUAUGUUGUUCCGCACAACCGUUUUCUUCUUAUGAAGUAUGGCGGUCAUGUCAACGUUGAGUGGUGCAAUCAGUCGCAAUCUAUUAAAUAUUUGUUUAAGUACAUAAAUAAGGGUUAUGACCGUGUGACGACUUCUUUUUUCCAAUCUGGUGCGGAUGGUGCUGAACGAUGUAUUGAUGAAACAAUUCAUGAAAGUAAGUUCUUGGCUUGGAUGGAAGCAAAUAAGAUAUAUUCUCAAGGUAGAGAUCUCACUUAUGGUGAAUUUCCGACGAAGUUUGUAUGGAAGAAAAAUCACUGGGAACCUAGGAAACAAAGAUAUUCGAUUGGAAGGUUGUUUUAUGUUGCUCCCGGUUCUGGUGAUAUGUAUUAUCUCAGAUGUUUGUUGAAUAUUGUUAAAGGAGCUUCUUUCUAUGAAGACAUCAGAUGUGUUAAUGGUGUUCAGUAUGAGACAUUUAGAGAUGCUUGCUUUGCUUUAGGGUUGUUGGAUGAUGAUAAGGAAUAUGUUGAUGGAAUUGCAGAGGCUUCUUUUUGGGCUUCAGCUCACUCUUUGAGAUUGCUCUUUGUGAGUUUGUUAACAUCGGAAUCUAUUUCACGCCCGGAUUUUGUUUGGCAAAGUUGUUGGAAAUAUUUGUCUAAAGAUGUUCUUUAUAACCGCCGAAAAUUAACAAAUUAUCCUGGUAUGAUCUUGAGUGAGGAUGAAAUUCAGAAUUUUGCAUUGGCAGAGAUUGAAAAAUUGUUGUUGAAUGUUGACAAAACUUUGCGUGAUUUCCAUGGUUUGCCGUAUCCCGAUAAUCAGUAUUUUGAAUCAAGUGAAAAUAGACUGAUCAGUGAUGAGUUGUGUUAUGAUCGUGAAGGUUUAGCAAGGGAAUAUUUGGAAUUUAUUUCAAAAUUCACUGAUGAACAACUUUCUGUGCAUGACACUAUAAUGUCAUUUGUUCAUUCAAAUGAUGGAGGAAUAUUUUUUGUUUAUGGCUAUGGAGGUACUGGGAAAACUUUCAUUUGGAGAUCAUUGUCUGCAGGGAUUCGUUCGAAAGGAGAUAUUGUUUUAAAUGUGGCGUCCAGUGGCAUAGCUUCUUUAUUAUUGCAUGGUGGUAGAACAACUCAUUCUCGGUUUAAAAUUCCCAUUAAUGUGAAUGAAGAUUCUAUGUGCAAUAUUAAACCAGGGAGUGCACUUGCUGAGUUGAUUGUGAGAGCUAAGCUUAUUAUAUGGGAUGAAGCUCCGAUGAUUCAUAAACAUUGCAUAGAAGCUGUGGAUAGAACUUUAAGAGAUAUUAUGCGUGUAUGCAAUGAGUUAAAUAGUAACAAACCGUUUGGUGGAAAAACAGUCGUUUUUGGUGGUGACUUUAGACAAAUCUUGUCAGCUGUUCCUAAAGGCAGUCGUCAAGAUGUUGUGAAUGCUACCAUUAACUCAUCUUAUCUUUGGAAGAGGUGCACAGUUUUAAGGCUGACCAAAAAUAUGAGGCUUUUGAAUGUUGAAAAUGUUGAUGAAGCCUCUGAGUUGAAGGAAUUUUUUUCUUGGGUUGCUUCUAUUGGAGAUGGUGUUAUUGGUGGUCCAAAUGAUGGUGAAGUGGCUAUUCAACUUCCUAUUGACAUUGUUUUGCCAAAUUCUGGUGAUCCUCUUAGAACCAUUGUUUCAAACAUCUAUCCUUCUUACAUGAAUCCUGAAGAAUUGAUCAGUUGUUUGCAUGGUCGUGCUAUACUUGCUCCUACUUUAGAGGUAGUCGAUGAGGUUAACCAAUUCAUGAUUUCUUUGGAUCAGGCUCAAUGUCGAGUUUACUUUAGUUCUGAUAGCAUUUCAAACUCUGAUUCCACAUCAAAUGGUCUUGCUGAGAUACAUUCUGUUGAGUUUUUGAAUAAUUUGAAGUGUUCAUGUACACCUAACCAUGAAUUGUUGCUGAAAGUUGGUACUCCUGUGAUGUUGUUAAGGAACAUAGACCUGUCUAACGGGUUGUGUAAUGGCACAAGAUUGAUAAUUACACGAUUAGGUGAUUAUGUGUUGGAGGGACAAGUAUUGGGUGGCCAUAAUAUUGGUCGUAAAGUGUUGAUUCCUCGAAUGUCCUUAAUACCAUCUGAUCCAAGAUUGCCUUUCAAGUUCCAAAGAAGACAAUUUCCUUUGGCUGUGUCGUAUGCAAUGACCAUUAACAAGAGUCAGGGUCAAUCACUCUCUCAUGUUGGAUUAUUUUUGAGAAAACUUGUUUUCAAUCAUGGACAACUGUGUGUUGCUAUAUCAAGAGUCACAAGUCGUGAAGGUUUGAAGAUUUUGGUGUGUAAAGAUGAAGAAGAUGAAAGCAGUGGUGAUUCUACUAUUAACAUUGUUUAUAAAAAAGUUUUUCAAAACUUAUGA